UGAAUGAUCCCCAUCCCAUCCCAUCCCAUCCCACAACAAAACGAGACAGAGACAGUGGGCUGAGUUGAGUGUGUGUGUGUGUGUGUGUGAGUGGAUGCCUGCGUGCGUCUGCAAUUUGCAUGUAUAGUAGAUAAGCAGAGUAAGAAGAGAGAGAGAGACACAAAGGAGGAAGAUGGCAAUGGCGAUGGCUCUUCGCAGGCUCUCUUCAGUGGUCGACAAACCCAUUAAGCGCCUCUACAAUGGCGGCUCUCUCUAUUUCAUGUCCUCUUUGCCUAAUGAAGCCGUUUAUGACAAGGAGAAGUCUGGCGUUACUUGGCCAAAGCAGCUGAAUGCUCCCCUACACGUGGUUGAUCCAGAAGUCACUGACAUUAUUGAGCUCGAGAAAGCCAGGCAAUGGAAGGGACUUGAACUCAUCCCUUCAGAGAAUUUCACUUCUGUCUCUGUUAUGCAAGCAGUUGGGUCUAUCAUGACUAACAAAUACAGUGAAGGGUACCCAGGUGCUAGAUAUUAUGGAGGAAAUGAGUACAUUGACAUGGCAGAAACCUUGUGCCAGAAGCGUGCUCUUGAAGCGUUCAGGUUGGAUCCAGCUAAAUGGGGAGUUAACGUGCAGCCUCUAUCCGGGUCUCCGUCUAAUUUUCAAGUUUAUACUGCAUUAUUGAAACCUCAUGAAAGAAUCAUGGCACUUGAUCUUCCACAUGGUGGGCAUCUUUCUCAUGGAUAUCAGACUGACACAAAGAAGAUAUCUGCAGUUUCUAUCUUUUUUGAGACCAUGCCAUACAGAUUGAAUGAGAGCACUGGCUAUAUUGACUAUGACCAGCUAGAAAAAAGUGCAGUACUGUUCAGACCAAAACUGAUAGUUGCUGGUGCUAGUGCUUAUGCCCGUCUCUAUGAUUAUGCACGUAUUCGCAAGGUUUGUGACAAACAGAAAGCUAUACUUUUGGCAGAUAUGGCACACAUUAGCGGAUUAGUUGCAGCUGGAGUUAUUCCAUCUCCAUUUGAUUAUGCAGAUGUCGUGACUACCACAACACACAAGUCUCUCCGGGGACCUCGUGGUGCCAUGAUUUUCUUCAGAAAGGGUGUGAAAGAAAUCAACAAACAAGGACAAGAGGUCUUGUACGACUAUGAAGACAAAAUCAACCAAGCUGUCUUUCCUGGACUUCAAGGCGGCCCCCACAACCACACAAUUACAGGCCUGGCUGUAGCUCUGAAACAGGCACAGUCUGCAGAAUACAGAGCUUACCAGGAACAAGUACUUAGUAACUGCUCAAAGUUUGCCCAGACUUUGGUUGAGAAGGGCUAUGAUCUUGUAUCUGGUGGAACAGAGAACCACUUGGUCUUGGUGAACCUAAAAAACAAGGGAAUUGAUGGUUCCAGAGUUGAAAAGGUAUUAGAAGCUGUUCAUAUUGCAGCUAACAAAAACACUGUGCCUGGAGAUGUGUCUGCCAUGGUUCCUGGUGGCAUCAGGAUGGGAACUCCCGCUCUAACUUCCAGGGGAUUUGUAGAAGAGGAUUUUGUCAAAGUUGCAGAGUUCUUUGAUGCUGCAGUGCGGUUGGCUGUUAAAAUAAAGGGCCAAACCAAAGGAACAAAGUUGAAGGACUUUUUGGCCACUUUACAGUCCAGUGCUGCACAAUCUGAGGUAGCAAAACUCCGUCAUGAUGUGGAGGAGUAUGCCAAACAAUUUCCAACAAUUGGGUUUGAUAAAGAAACUAUGAAGUACAAAGAUUGAGGAACUGAAUCUGCAUGCUAAGCCAGUUGAACAGGCACCGAUGUCCAAGAUGAAGAUAAAGAUGAUGAUAUUCUGUAUAAAGGUCAAGCUACAAGCUAUUUUGGGGUUGUCAUGCGUGAAAUCCAGCAAAUCCCACUUGACCAAACUGUAUAUGUAUAUUAGCGGAGCUAUUGCUGAGAAAGAAUAAAACCGUUUUUAACAUUAAGUACAUUCUCUCUUCCUAGCUCUGGUGUUAUACGCAUGAUUGAUAUUUUACUUCAGUGUUCUCUUCUUUGGAGGAAUGUUUUGGGAACUGAUUCAGAAAUUAAUGACACCCCAUCACAAACUUGAAUUCCCAAAAUGUGAAGAAGGAUAAGGAGGAGAAAAUUUAUAAUGUUAUUUGCACUCUCAUCAUUUUGUUA